UGUCUGAGGAUGAUGUCUCCUCCCUCCUCUCUUCUUUGGAUGAGUGGGACUCUGCUCCCAGGCAGCGUGCGGCGUCCAUGGCUGACCACCUGACGGCUUUCACACCCCCUGGCCAGGACAUGUUGCCUUCCUUAUCUCGCGCUGAGCUUCAGUCACACCAGCAGCAGGACCCAGUCGUCUCACGGGUCGCUCACUAUGUCGACAGGAAACGCAGACCUUCCAGACGUGAACGCCACAAUGAGAGUCAGCCGACUCUGAGGGUCCUGAAGCAGUGGGAUAGGUUAACACUUCUGGAAGGCAUCCUCUAUAGGGUCACAAAGGACCCCUUGACUAAACAGAAGAGGUUUCAGUUUGUUGUGCCUGAGUCCCUGAUGGCAGAUGCGUUGUCUGGUGUUCACGACCACGCUGGUCAUCAGGGUCAGCCCCGCACACUCUCUUUGGCCCGCCAGCACUUCUUCUGGUAUGAUAUGGAAAGGGAUGUCCGCAAUCACGUGAAGCACCGCCUCAGAUGUGUGCUCAGCAAGACCCCCGAGCCUUCAGCUCGGGCCCCACUGGAGAGUAUUAAAACUUCCGCCCCCCUUGAGCUCGUGAGCAUCGACUUUUGGUCUGCUGAGGACAAUAACAACAAGUCUGUGGAUGUACUGGUGAUCACUGAUCACUUUACGAAGUUGACCCAUGCUUUUCCCUGUCAGGACCAAACCGCCAAGAGGGUGGCCAAGAAGCUGUGGGACAACUUCUUCUGCAUCUACGGCUUCCCUCAGCGCCUCCAUUCCGACCAGGGAGCGAACUUCGAGAGUGAGUUGAUUGCCGAGCUCCUAAAGUUGUCAGGAGUUGACAAGUCACACACCUCACCUUACCACCCUAUGGGAAACGGCAGCACGGAGAGGUUUAACCGCACCUUGGGCAACAUGUUGAGAUCUCUACCCCUUCGCUCCAAACAGAAGUGGCCGCAAAUGAUCCAGACCAUGACCUUUGUAUACAAUUGCACUGUACAUGAGACCACCGGGUUUGCACCCUUCUAUUUGAUGUUUGGGAGAGUCCCGAGGCUGCCGGUUGACCUUCUCUUCAAGAACGUGCUCCAUGAUGUGACUGUGUGUGACUAUGACGCUUAUGUGAAAUCUCUUUUGGAGGACCUGCACUGUGCGAUGGCAUUGGCUCAGAAGAACUGCACAGCUGAGCAGAAACACCAGUGUAAUCAGUACAACAAACGGGUCAAAGGUCAGCCUCUGUCUCUCGGUGACCAGGUGCUACUGGCAAACAAAGGCAUAAAGGGGAAACGUAAGCUCUCUGACAAGUGGCUGCCUGUUGUGCAUACUGUGGUGGCCUCAAAACCUGCCCUCCAUAUCUACCGGAUCAGGGACCCUGAAGGAAAUGAACGUGUAGUUCACCGAAACCUGUUGCUUCAGGUCAACUUCCUUCCACUGGAGGACGCUUUGGAUGAUGAUGAUGCUCCAAUGUCCUUGCCCGCCCCUAGUAUGGCCAAUAACCCCCCCGAAUCUGUUUGGCAUGAGACUGAUGUGUCUGGUUUAGAUACUGCAGCUGCAACGGCUGGGCCAUCCCUUACGGGUUCUCUGUUGAGUAUUGGUGACUGGGAUAUUGGUCGCACUGCCUCCUGGGUACGUGAGCAGUCCUCCACUGAUGAGCCCCUUGGUUCAGGCUGUCAGUCACCCCCUGUUUUAGCGACCUCAUCUAUUAAUGGUGACCCCGCCACUGCUGUGGACCCCCCAACAGCUUCCCCAGCUCUCCUGCUGCAACCACCACCUGCCAGUCCGCCUCGAGCGUCUGAUAUUGACGGCCAACUGACUUCACGGUUUGGCAGAGUCAUUAAACCAGUGUGCCGAUUGAUUGAGUCUAUGGCACAACUUGAGUCCGUUCUAGGGGUCCAGUCAGGAUCCCGUCCUGUUCUUCAUGUGUGAAAUGUAUGAAUCAGGGUGGCGUGUUAUGAUAAGCUGCUCUUUAUGUUAUUAUGGUCACAUGUUGCUGUAUAGGCCCUUUCUUUUUUUUCCUCACCUGUACCGUUGGCCUGUGUAUGUGUGGUGUAUAAGGCACCUCACCCUGUCUAUGGAGUGUUGUGGGUUCUUGCUAGGCGCCGAGCAAUUCCCUCAUCUUCCAAUCCUUUUAAUAGGAAGCUCUACUUGCUGGUUCACGUAUUUGGUUGUGGUUCUUAAUGGCCUGCGUGCUAUUGACAGUUGUUUUGCUGCCCAGAUGUUUGUGUAAUUCUGGGGGGGUGAGUGUAACAGGGUCAAUUAUACAUUAAUAUAUGUGUGUGUAUAUGGAAUACAGUAUAUUGUACUUUAGUUAUUGUGAUAAUUACACAAAAUCUGUGUCUGUGGAUUUGUUUUUGUUUGUUUUUGUUUCAGUUAAUGCCUGACUAGUUGAGCCUCCUUGUCAGUAAGCGGAACUUUGGUUCGGUUUGUAUUACUACAGCCACAUUCUAUGUAGCACUGCCCUCUAUAACUGGCGUUUUCGCGCCGAUUUUCUCCCCUUUUGACAUGAAUCUCUGUGGGAGAGGUAAGCGGUUUUGCUGUCCGGUGAAAUUCCUGUUCUAGCAAGCUAAAACUUGUCACAAGAUGCUUACUUUGUUGUCAUUUGAUCUGUGUAGGGGCAUGUGUUGUGGCGAUCAAUGACGGGAGGAUUUUGUGUUAAUAUUUUCAUGUCAGGAGCCGGAAAAUAAAUGGAGACUGCCUCCAAAAA